GCCUUUCUCUUUCUCUUCCGGUCCCAGGCGCUGCGGGAGCCGCGGCUUACCGUGCAGACAUGGCCAAGUCUAAGAACCACACCACACACAACCAGUCCCGCAAAUGGCACAGAAAUGGCAUCAAGAAAUCCCGGUCACAGAAUCUCUUAAGGGGGUUGACCCCAAGUUUCUGAGGAACAUGCGCUUUGCCAAAAAGCACAACAAGAAAGGCCUGAAGAAGAUGCAGGCCAACAAUGCCAAGGCAGUGAGUGCACGAGUAGAGGCCAUCAAGGCUCUGGUGAAGCCUCAGGCCAUCAAGCCCAAGAUGCCGAAGGACUCCAGCCACAAACUCAGCCGUCUGGCUUCUAUCCUUCACCCCAAGCUUGGGAAGAAGAUUCGAAGCUACAUGGCCAAGGGUCGUAGGCUCUGUCAACGAAAGCCCAAGGUUCAAACCAAGGCAGAGGCCACAGCUCCAGCUAAGGCCCAGGCUUCAGCUCCAGCUCAGGCUCCCAAAGGUGCCCAGGCCCCUGUGAAGGCCCCAUAGAAAAGGCUCCUGCCAGUGUGAAGACAGACGGACUGCUGUGACACACCCACCUACACACUAUGUGCAGAUGACCAGUGUCCUAUGCUGUUUUUACAAAUAAACUUGAGACAAGAAAAAAAAAUAAAUGCAUAAAUAGACUAAAGCUAUGAGUUUUCUUUUUUUUUUUUUUGUUCAAGGUCUCAUUAUUUAUUUGUUACUCUUAAAAGACUUAUUUUUGACUGGACUCAGAUUUAGAAGUAGAAGCUCUCAGCGAGGACAGCCUACAUCUCUUGGUAAUCUGUUCCUGGCACUUUUCUUUGGCUUCCUUCAUUCUCUUGGCCAAAAGUUUGGCGUACUCUGCAGCCUCCUCCUUGUUUUUCUUAGUAUGUUGCUUCAUCAGAGCACUAUGUUGGCGUCUAUGUUGCAGAACACGGGGAGUAACAAGACGCUGAAUCUUGGGCGCUUUGGUCCUGGGCUUCUUACCUUCUUUGUUUAAGGGCUUUCUGACAACAUACUGGUGGACAUCAUCUUCUUUGGAGAGAUUAAAAAGCUUUCUGAUUCUACUAGCUCUUUUAGGUCCCAACCGACGAGGCAUAGUAGUAUCUGUCAGUCCCGGAAAAUCCUUCUUUCCGUUUUUUACAAUAACCAAGUUGAGAACACUCAAGUUGGCAUCCACAAUGCAUCCGCCGACAGACUUGCGCUUCCUCUCUCCAGUUCUCCUUGGUCUAUAACAAGAAUGCCCCUUACUCAACAGCAGGCGCACUCUGCCAUGGGGCAAAACGCCUUGCUUCAUGGGAAAGCCUUGUUUGUCAUUCCCACCGCUGAUCCGGACCACAUAACCCUUCCACUCUUCACCAAGAGCAUCAGCAGCUACUUAUGUGGCCAUGUGCUACUCAUAGAACAUACGAAGCUUGCGGUCAUCAUCCACUUCUAUGAGUAUCUGACAGCCAGUGGCAGGGAAAGAGGUAUUCAGCUUUAUCUUGACACAGCCGACUGCCU